CAGGAUUUCUCUCAACUCACGACAGAAAACGGUAUAAAUGCUCGACGUUUGGAUAGGUGCCACUUCAGUUGAAAUCAGAGAAUCAUUGCGAGUAUAUUCGUCUUCGAGCCGCAUUAAAAAAUGAAGCAGUCGAUCGUUUUAGCUUUCCUGGCCAUCUCUGUAGCGGUGGCUGUCCAGCCAUCUCCUAUGGAAGUGUUUCUCAUGGGGUACCGUUAUGGCCUUGCCGCGUCCAAGCAGUCCGUUUUUGGUUCGAUCGACACCCAGGUCCCUCAACCCGUUUCCCGUUCGUCCAAGACCAACUCUGCUGCUUCCAGGGCAUCCUUCCGCUCGAUUGAUGACGACGCUCUUGAAUCUAGUGGAAUCCCCAUUUUUACCAUGGACGGAAGCCCUUCCGGCAAAAGGUACCGACAACUCUCUGGCGGCGCGGGCGUCCCUUUGAGACGCGAAGAAACUUUGAUGUUCCGCAAAACCUUCCCUGAAAACAUGUACCCCAACUCUGACUUUGUUUCUUACGGAACCAACUGCGACUUCAGUGCCGAGACACCCUUGUACAUUGUCCAGAAUGUAACAGAUCCAGUCAAAUGCGGAAGUCAUUUUUGCUACGGAGACCGCAGAUGCACUCACUUUGCCCAUCACUACAGCACUAACCUGUGCCGAAUCAUCAGCUCUUUCGGCUCUGGAUCCUCCUUGGUGAGCCGUGUCACUGACAUCCAAGCGGGAUUCAUUUGCGGAUUGAUCCCCAACCGAGCUUGCAACCCCAAUUCUUCUCUGCAAAAGUGCAUCACGCUGGACGUUUAAAGAUAAAUGAAUGACAUGUAUGACAUGACAUGUAUGACAUGACAUGUAUGACCCCUGGUAAACUAAGUUGGUUUUAUUUAAUCCUGGUAAAAUAAAAAUUUGGUUAAAAAAUA